AUGGCGUCUGCCUGUGCAUUGGAAUGGGUGCCAGAUUCCUUGUACAACACAGCAGUUUCAGCCAUCGUAGCUUCAUAUUAUCGGUACAAAAGGGACGUUAAGGCUUUACCAGAGAACGUACAGUUUGAUAUUUAUUACAAGCUCUACAACAAAGGCCAGCUAUGUCAGUUAGGAAUGGAUUUUUCAGACCUAGAUACAUUUUCAAAAGUACUGAAAAUUAUUGACAAAAGACAUUUGCUGCACCACAGUUUUCAAGCAUUAAUGGACCACUGUGUGCGUUUGUCCGACAUUCUGGCUGAUGCAUUCACGGUUCAGUUAAUGCCAUCCUCUUGUCCAGACACAGUCUCUAGGGACAGAGCUAUUCAGUUUGGUUUGUCACUUGGUGGAUUUUUGAGUGAUGCUGGAUGGUUUUACGCAAGUGAGAAAGUCUUUAAGGGUUGUCUCCUCUUGUGUCAAAUGGAUGAUGUCUCAUCUAGUCUUCAUAAAGCCUUGGACUGUAGUGUAAGACUACUUCAUGUCCAGAAUGCCAACUGUAAAUACAAAGAGGCAGAAGUAACCCGUUCUGUAGCAUGCCAAUGUUUGGAAAUCUUAAAAGAAAGGAAUGUUCCAGUCAACACCUCUGCAUUUCAUACUGAGUGUUGUGCUCUGCUUUUUGCAGAAAGUCUUUAUGAUGAGGCAAUCAAGUACUGUAGUAUAGCUGUUAAAGAACUUUCUGCAUUAUUACCUCACAAGACAGUAGUAGAUGUAUUACGACAGUGUUCAAAGGCAUGUGUGGUAAAAAGAGAAUUUAGUAAAGCAGAAACACUUAUCAAGCAUGCAGUGCAUUAUGCCAGAACAAUGUUUGGUGGACAACAUCCUAAAUAUUCAGAUGCUCUCCUGGACUAUGGAUUCUACCUUUUAAAUGUUGACUCUAUAACAGCAGCAGUUCAAGUUUAUCAGAUGGCUCUAGAUAUUAGACAGUCUGUGUUUGGUGGAAAUAACCUUUAUGUAGCUAUUGCCCAUGAAGAUCUGGCUUAUGCCUCCUAUGUGCAAGAGUACAGCUCAGGCAACUUUAAAAAUGCAAGGGAUCAUGCAGACAAAGCCAUAGAAAUUCUCGGUCACAUUCUACCACAAGAUCAUUUAUUACUAUCAUCAUCAAAACGUGUAAAAGCCCUUAUUCUGGAGGAGAUUGCUAUUGACAGUCAUGAUAAGGAGGAGGAGAAUUGUAUGUUGUUGGAAUCUCAAGAUCUACACCUGCAGUCCCUGGCCUUAGCCAAGGCUGCGUUUGGUGAGAACAACGUCCAAACUGCCAAACACUAUGGAAACUUAGGACGUCUGUACCAGUCCAUGAGGAGAUAUGAUGAAGCACAGGAAAUGCAUUUAAAAGCCAUAGAGAUCAAGGAGAGACUGCUGGGUACUGAUGAUUAUGAAGUUGCUCUGUCUGUCGGCCAUCUAGCAUCUCUCUAUAACUACGACAUGCGGAAAUAUGAUGAGGCAGAAAAACUCUAUCUACGAUCGAUAGCAAUAGGCAAGAAAUUAUUUGGUGAAGGCUAUAGUGGAUUAGAGUAUGAUUACCGUGGUCUACUUAGGCUGUACAGGACUACAGAUAAUCAUAGUAUGGCCGAUAUGUACGCUAGUAUCCUUCAACAGUGGAAUCAAAUUCGGGAUAGCAACAAUGCUAAGGAAGUAAGACCUCUCGAUUUCCAAGUGUUUGACAAUUUGCAAGAUCUUGUACAAGAUUGUGUGGCUAAAAUGGACUGAUUCAACAUACUCUGCAGCCAAUUUUAAGAAUUUGAUGAUGUCAUAAAUAUGUGAAAUAGCAACACUUUGUAUACGACUAUAUCUUUGAAAUUGGCUGUGUUCGUAUUUUUUCACUGCCAGAUUUUCAAUUCAAUUUUACAAAAGGCGCAAAAGAAAAGAAUUUAUACUAAUGAGAGUUUGAUGUAGAUGAAUAUGCAUUUUUAUUGAACUAUUUACAGAAUGUUGCCUGUGCAAAUUGAUUAUGUUACAAAAAACAUCCUGCAAAACAUUCUCUUAAUACAGGAGAAAGAUUGAAAUGUCAUUUGUUUUACAUGUAGAUUGUCAAUUGAUGGUAAGAAUACUAUUGAUAGGGCAGAGAGCUUGUGUGUUACCCAGAACAGAUUGGAAACUUUUAUCAUAUAUCUGAGAAGAAUACGAGAAACUACCUAACGGUUAGAAUAUUUAGAGAAGAAAUGUUGAAACAAAUGGAAAUGGUUAAAGAAAUGUUUUACACUUUGUCUGUGAAACAGUGGAAUAAUUUAUGAUGUAGGCAUAGAACAUGAACUUAUAUUUGGGCAUGGAAUGAUGAACAAAUUGUACAGUGUGUAGUUGUAUCUCACAAGGAAGAGAGAUACCUAGAUUUUGCCACUAAAGUUUUAAACUUUAGGUCUGGUAUGGCAAUUGUGAUUGUAUUGUGUUUUGUUGUAUUUCUGCUGAAACAGUAGGGUUUGGUCGACCUGUUGUCUCGUUUGCGUUGGAUACAUUGUCUUUUGAUAAAAAUGUUACGCAAAAUUAAAUUGAUAAUGCAGUUUGUUGAUAUUAAGGGUUAUUCCAGUAACAGAAAUAUCUAACCCACUUCAGGACUCUGGGGUUUGUUCAGAGGUAGAUAUGAAAAGAAUUUACUUGAUUAUUUGCGUGGAAGUUAUAAGUUUUAGACAGGACACAGAACUAUUGACAGACAGAAACGAGUUAUUUUGGAGUCCUGAGGUCAAAUAGCUAUUUUACUGGAAUAGCCCUUAAAGGUGAAAGGUGACUUAUAAAUAGGCUUUUGUAUGGUGUUAUAUAUGUAGAUGGGAGUAAUUGUAAUCAGUUUUGUUGGCACAAAUGGAAGUGUGCAGUGGGAUGUUAAUGAGUACCUCAGGGGUAAAAAUCAUACAGUUGGGCAGUUGACUCCUAACCUUUCACAAUGGUUCAGGAAGUCAUAUCUUGGAUGUCUAGGUGAAAAGCAAGUGUGUUACCAUUGCUCCAGCAGCUAAUUGAUGGUAUUUUGAUUUUUGAAGGAUGGCUUACAUUUAGCUUGGUUAGAAAGAUUUUGUAUUUAAAGGAAAAGAUUAUAUACAAAAUCUUCAGGAAUCACCAGGAAAAGUAAUCACAAAGUAAUUGAUAAUACUACAUAAUGAUUACAGGAAGGAGGUCCUAUAAGGCUGCUUAUUGAAUAUAUAGUAGUUGGUGAUUUUUUUACUGACUGAGGAUAACGCAUCUGUUUUGCACAUGCAAGAAUGAUGAUAAUCUUGACAGUUAUAUUGAGUAUCACAUCCAGUAGAUGCUCAUGUACUUUAAAUAUUUGUAAAAGUAGAAGGUUAUGUCUGAAUUUUGGGCAGUUGGUUUUUGUCAGAUACUCAGAAAAUGUUUUAAUAUUUAGUAGUGCUCGUAGGAUGUGUUGGGUAUGGCAUACUUACUGAACUAAUACAGAGUGCACAGUCAAGAGGUGACGGCCACAAAAAUGAAACUGAUUAUGAAGUGAUAAUAAAUGAUAUCUUAUAUCAAUCAAGAUCAUAUCAGCAGACAACUAUUUUCAGAUUAAUUUUUAUCUCAUAACUAUCCUGUUAUCUGUAUAACAUCCAUUACAUGUACAUAAACUUUUUAUUAUGACACACAUGUAAUAUGACCUAGCUGAGUUUUGAUUGGCAGGUUUCCAUUUUUUUCCCCAUUUUGAUGUCAUAACUUUAUGACAUCAUGUCCAUUGGGACAUCUCAAAAGAAAGAGAUCUUUGUGAAAAUAUCAAUUUUGAAAUUUUGAUUUUGUUGCAAUCUAAUAAAGUGCUGUUUUUGCAAUGUUUUGUAAAGUAUCUUAAAUUAGUCAUGUGAUAAACAGAAUCUUUGAUUUGUUGCUAGUUAAUAUGAGAUUUAUGAAUAACACACUUGUCACAAUUUGUUUGUUUUACCAGAGGCUUGUUAUGAAGAAAAGAUAGAAGAUAAUUUAUAGAUCAGAUAUGAAUGGAAGUAAGUUUUUAGUUGUUAAGCUAAUAAAAUACACCCUUGUUGUAUAUCCAAUUUCAAAUCAAUCCUUUACCAUUUUCAUUUUAAACAUUGUACAUUACAAUGUGCCUGAAAAUCCCUUCCCUCCUGUUUUAUUCUUCAUAUACUGGUGCUAGUUCUUUCAAGCAUUUACCAGAUUAAGCGUAAUACCAUUUUCAUUGUCAUAAUCAUUAUGAUAAAAUUUUACAUCCACAGGUAACAUAUUUACAUGAAGGAUGCAUAGAAUGCAACUUGACUUGAUAGGAAUUUAAAUAUAAUAGCAUAAGUCUAUGGAUUCUUUUGUUGAUGUACAUGUAGGAAGUCUGCAAGUUACUGUUUCUUCUGUACAAAAUGUUAAAAAGUUUAUCAAAAUAUUGAAACUUAACAACAACUGCAAGAUGUAUAUUCAUAUAAAAGUUCUUUCUUGAAGUGACUUACAAUAUUGUAUGUGAUUGACAUGUGAAAUUAGCUACAUACUCCAUAGGGUAUAUCAAUGCUGGUGUAAAAGAAAAUAUGGUGGUAUGCAUGCAUUUGUAAUGACAGGUUUCUUUAAAAUGCUUUUGUAAGUACAAAAUGUAUACGAGAUAAUUGCAGAUAGCUACACAUAAUAUUAAGAGUGAAAUAUUUGCAUACUAGUACCUCAUCCAAAAAAACCCAGAAAAGGUAGUUUUGUAGAAAACAUUUAAAUUUGGUAUAAAGAUGAGGGCUGUUUUUUUCUUUUCCUGAAAUGAAAUAAAGACAAUAUUAGCUUUUUUUCUUGAAUUUCGUUGAAUUCAAGAUGAAGGCAUAGCUGUAUUUUUUUCCUUUUAUGUUUUACAUAAUUUUUAAGAUUUACAAAUGUCACAACAUUUCUGAGAGUUUAGUGUCUUUAAUUUUAUAUAAUAUUGUACAUAGUGAUGUGUAAAUAUAUGUAGUGGAGAUGUCUAGGACACUUAAUAACCCCUACUACAGAGAUACAAAGAAAACAAUACAAAAAGUGGUUAUAUCUAAUACUUGUCAAGUUCAAAGAAGUUUUAAUAUUUCAAACUGCAGAGCUCAGGAUUAUUUUAUUUUUGACACACCAGUACUGUGUUAACAUUGAUUGUAAGUAUAUAUUUUUCAAAUUUAUUUUCAGUAAUUUUAGAAAGUAAAAUUUGAUGGAACUGCCAUCAAAAAUUUUUUUUUUUUCAUUUUAGAGAAGGUUCAAUAAAGAAUUUAGGAAGUCACACAGUAUACAUGAAAAUGAAAAAAAAAUUCCAAGCUUUUAGCAAUUUACUUGAAAUAAAUACAAAGGAAGGUUGUUAGUCACAGUGUAGAUAUUGGUAGAGUAUUAUUAGGGAUUUGCCAUUUCCAUAGAUCUUCUUAGCUAUAGUAAUGAUCCUGUCCUGCGCCUAAAUGCCAAUUUGCAUACAUGAGUGAUCUGGAAACAAUACAAUGCACAUGAAUCUACAACUAAGGGUGUGUGAAAGUCAGGUUUGACUGGAAUAAUAUGUUCAGAGUUUUUCAUGUUUUAUGUGCCGUCUUAUCUACAGCUGCACUUAUAGGCUCUGAAGGAGUGCUUAAUAUGAGGUUUUGUAGAAUUUUUGCUUUUUGGUGAUUGGGUAGUUGACAUUGUUAGUCAGUAAAUAAUAUCAACAUGUUCACCAAAAGGCAUAAACUUGACUGGGUGGAUGAAUACUUAAUCAAUUUUUUAUUAGACUUGAGUAAUUAUUGAAAAAAUGAUGCUCAGUCGUAACUAAAUUUCAUUUAAUAUUUCUCUUCUAAAGCAGGAAGUUAUUACAAAGUCAUUACAAAUAUUAAUUACUGAAGAGCAGUAUUAGAUUUUUUUAUAAUCUCAUAUUUUCUUGCUCUGUGAUUUCAGUCUGAUAAAAUAGACGGAUAAUUGAUCUUUUUCAUGAUAUAAUUUUUAUAUUCAAGUAUCAUUUUGUUACUUUUUAAUGAAAGAAAAAAAGUUUCUAAAAAACCCCAAUAAAUGCUUGUUAUUUAUGAAGCUAAUUACUAAAUAUACAUUUAUUCCUUGAAUUAAACAGAUUCUGAUCACUAACAGAAAAAAAGAAACAAAGUGCAGUAGUAUAUUCUUAUGAAGUUUUUGCCAUUAAGGUAAAUGUACAUUCUGAAAAUAAAGAUUUUAAAAAUCAUCAGAUCAAAUAAAAAAUCUUCAUCUGACCUUCAUACAUCCUUAAGAUUUGAUUCUUAAUGUUACUUUUUUAUAAGCUAGGUAAAUUGUGAUACACCUGUACUUCUUAUUUCAUGUAGAGACAAAUUUUUAUGUCAUUAGGAAUGAGACGCUGGUAUUUUGUGCUUCUGCGAAAUAGUCUGAUAACUGUUACAAACAUUCAGCCAUUGUUUCCCCAUAAAGUGCUGUUUUCUUUGUUUUGAAUGAUUAAAAAUGUUUUAGCCAAUAUGAAUUUAUGAUCAUUCAUAACUUAUGAGAUGUAAUAAUCAUUAAGCCUGUGAUUUAUUUUGUUUCCCAAAUUUUUGUUGCUAUGGUUACAGUCUGUUGCCAAGUUGUUGUUUGUUAAGAGCAUUAGGCCUUUGUAUUUGUGAUAAUAAUGUUAUGAUUCUGAUUCUUGCCAAAACAAUAUUGGUAACAAGAGCUCAAACUUUAAUAUAGUAAUUGUGUUAUCCUUGGAUUUAUGUUGUUGAGAAAUAACUGGCAGUUUGUCUUUCUGUAGAUUAAGUUUUCAUUAGUAUUGUGGGUAUGGUGUUCUUUAUUGUCAAGUGCAGUAGCAACAAACUUAAAACUUAAAUUAUUCAGAUUUUAUGAAAAUCCAGUCAUGAUGAAUCGAAAUGCAUAAUAGAAUGAAACAAACAGUUAUAUUUUGUCUGUAGUGUCAAUAUUGCAUUUGGUUCCAGACUUUAGUCCGAUAAAGCGUAGCCAUCUUAAUUGUUUAGCAUACAUUUUAAUUCUUUUUAAAAAAUCAUUCAGUUUUAUUUAUAAAGAUUUUGCUUUCGUUCAAAAUUAAUUUGUUAUUUAUUAAAAAUGUUAUAAUCAUACCAUGAAAAUUCUUCAUAAAUUUUCAUUUAUUUAUGAAAUCUUAUUAUGGGUAUUAUACCAACCUUCCAUUCUCAUCAGAUAUGUUAAAUUAUUAGUAUUGUGAUUACAACAGUUACCUGUAACACACAUUUCAUCGUGAUCAUAUUUACUGUAAUACAUGACGGUAUAUUAAAUUAUAAUAUUUGCAAAUUGUUGGAUUGUUUUUGUACGAACUUACAGUAUGGUAAUUCAUUGUACUUAAUAAUAGGUUCAAUUGAUACAUAUGUAAUGUUGAUAAAUUUGUAUUUGACAAAUAGAUCAACCAUAUGUAGGUAUAUAGGAUACAAAUAGUCUACCAGACGGUGUAGAAUUUAGGUCAUAACCAAGGCUUUGGCCGAGGUACUGAACCUGAAUUCUAUGACCAAGGGUAGAUAAUCCAUGAUGUUGUAUACCUACAUAUUGUUGACUACUUUUCUCCCAUUUCUAACACGAAUAUUUGGCAAACACAAUAUUGAUCAUGAAAAUGCAAUGCUGAAUAUGGCAUGAUAUCUAUGUUUGUAGGUCAAAUAUUUGAACUUAAGUUGGAAAAGAUCAGAAAAAAGUAUGGUAUACCUCAAAUUUUAAAGAACAAUGCUAUCUCUCCAUAUUUACAAGGUGGAGUCAUUUGCUGAUGGCCAGAUUGUCCUGUCCAGGCAAGCAUUGUUUUGAUGGUCUUUUCAUCGAGAAGUAUGCAUAAACUAACAUUGUCAUUUAAAUUGUGACAUAAUUAUAACAGUCACUCAUGUGUGUCCUAUAUCUCAAAAAGACAGAGGUAGGAAAAUAUAUCAAAAUAUCUAUAUCAUGGUAUCUCAUGGUGCAUGUCUACAUGUUCAGCAAGAUUUGUGUGAUUAAUAACAUGGUAAAGGAAAAUCAUGUAUGGAAAAUUCUUAUUCAAAAAACAAGAUCUGCCAUAUGAAAUUCCAAGAAAUGAAGUUGUAAAUCUUCGAAAAAAAAAUCUUUAAUCUAUUUGAAAUCAAAAUGAUGUUUAGCAAUAUACAUGCAUGUUUAUAAUACUAGUACAUGUAGGUUUGAUACUGAAUAUAAUGUAAACUUUUGUAGUUUUUAUAAAGCAUGAUAUUUCUCUUUAAGAUUUGACAUUUUAGUUAUUUUUAUUGCCAAUGUCUCAAAAAUUUGAAAAUUGUAUACAAAAAAAAAAAACAGAAAAAAAGAAAAAAAAAGAAAAUUUUAAAGGGAUAGUUUGACAUAUAAUAAAUAGAUCCCUGUAUCGGCCAUGUACAUUUCAGUCACAUGUAGGUGAGAACCAGAUAGGGCUGCUUUCUUUUAUGCAGACAAAUGAAAAACUGGUUUAUCAACAAAUAUUAAUAUUUUAGGAAUGAAUGAAAACAAACCUGCCCAUUUUGAUACACUUGCCACAUAACGCUUUUUCAAGAAAGCAAAUUAAACAAAAUCAGUAAUGCAGUAUAUCAGUCCUUAUUACACUAUUUAACAAACAACUCUGGUACAUCUUGUCAAACCAGUAAAUGAAAAUGGCCAAGUCUAGUCGCCAUCACUAUGCUGUAUUUUAUUUUGUUACAUAUACAAUUGGGAUAUCAAAAUAAACUGAUAAUUUUGUAAGAUGUGUUGGAUUAAUAUUCAUUCUACAGUCAAAGAUGUCACACUUUGCUAUGUGACUGUAUUCCAACACUUUUUCUAGAAUAUGGUUUAUAUUCUGGUAAAUUCUUUGUACAUUGUAUAUCUGACAGUUUUGAAAAAAAUGAAAUAAAUUAUAACAUUUUCAGCUAGACUGUUUAUGUUUAAGAUAAUUUGAAAAAAGGCAUUACAAUAUCUUGAUUGAGAGGACAAUUCAAACAAGGCACAAAUCGAUUCACGCAGCUAUUUGUACUGGUAAUGGUACUGCAGCAAAAAAUUGUUCCAAUGAUAAUAGCCUUAUCGAUAGAAAAAUUGUUAGCAGAAUUUAAAUAUGGUAAUAUAUAUAUAUGAAAAGUUUGUGAUGCCAUUGUUACUCUGUAUUCCUUUUAUAAGAAAAUUCAGCAAAACUGUGUGAUGUUUAUAAUUAAAAUGUUUUUAAUUUAUCUUUAGUCUGAUUUAAAUAUUAAAGUAUGAAAAAAAUAUUCUCUUCAAUGAUAUUGACAAAUGCAUACUACGUAUUAACUCAUAGAGAGGGUACUGUAGCAGAUCUUGUCAAUUCUUUGAGGUAUAAAAACGUUUUUAUUACAUACAAUGUAUUAUGUAGAAAGGAGAGUUUCUGUGUAGCAGACUGUCAAAUGAUACAUAUAUUAUGUAUGUUAAACUUUGGUCUGACAUACAAGAUUUCACUUGAGUCAGACAGAAAUAAACUAACAUUGACAUGCUUGAA